AUGAAUUCCGCCAAACAUAGUCAAACAACACUACCUGCGCAAUCAGUCAGCGUCACCGAGAAGAGUACAGCGGAAGAUGUGCAAUUACCGAGAGGUGGACCCCCCGAGGAAAUCCCCGAUUCAAAGCCCGAUGAGCCAAAAUGGAUCAAGGGUAUUACCUUGGUGAUGGUGAUGACUGCGGUCACGCUGGUGGUGUUUCUAAUGUUGCUGGAUGUAUCGAUUGUCUCCACGGCAAUUCCUCAUAUCACUAGCGAAUUCCAUUCUCUCGAUGAUGUCGCCUGGUACGGUAGCGCGUAUACGAUAUCCAGCGCCUCCUUACAGCCGCUCACCGGCAAGUUCUACAGCAACUUCCAGCAAAAGUGGACUUUCCUCGGCUUCUUCGGCGUGUUCGAGCUGGGAUCCCUGAUAUGCGGCGUUGCUACCUCAUCAAAAAUGCUGAUCGUUGGGCGUGCAGUAGCUGGAAUGGGAUCUUCCGGCAUGGUCAACGGUGCGCUUAACAUUAUUGCUAGUUCUCUUCCGAUGCAUCGGAGACCGACAUUCAUGGGCAUCAUGAUGGGAUUUUCUCAACUUGGGCUGGUACUUGGGCCGCUAAUCGGUGGUGCAUUUACGACGUAUUCGACUUGGCGAUGGUGCUUCUACAUCAACCUACCGAUAGGAGGCCUUGUCGCCAUUCUACUUGUCUUUACCAGCAUCCCCGAGCCAGCUGGCAAGCCAAAGGUUGGUGAGGUCUUCCGGUCGGUCCUGUUGAAGAAGUUCGAUCUAUUCGGAUUUGUUCUAUUUGCGCCAGCUGCCAUUCAGUUGCUGCUGGCCCUGCAAUGGGGCGGAAGCAAAUUCGCCUGGAAGAGCUCAACCAUCAUCGGGCUAUUCUGCGGUUCUGCUGCGACCUUUUUUGUUUUUGGCCUCUGGGAGCGGCGUAUGGGCGCUGAAGCCAUGAUCCCGGGACAGAUGGUGAAACAACGAAUCAUUUGGUCUAGCUGCAUGGCGAUGAGCAUGAUGUUUGGGAUGACCAUGAUUCUGGCAUAUUACUUGCCCAUCUACUUCCAGUCUGUGCGAGGCAAAUCCGCCCUCACGAGUGGUGUUGACUUGCUUCCCCAAAUCUUAUGCCAGCUGGUGAUGGCAGUGGCAUCUGGCAUUCUUACUGGCAAAUUAGGAUACUACCUACCGUGGGCUAUUUUUGGUGCAAUCUUGACCCCCAUCGGUUGUGGUCUCCUUGCGACACUGUCCCCGACCACGGCGGUCCGCGACUGGGCGGGAUAUGAAGCCCUUAUCGGAUUCGGUCGCGGCGCUGCGACUCAGGUGCCCAUGAUUGCCAUUCAAAAUGCCGUAUCACCGAACCAGAUCUCCACGGCCAUGGCCAUUCUGACCUUCAGUCAGACAUUUGGCGGCUCGAUCUUCCUAGCCGUAGCCGAAGUUAUUUUCACAGCAGGACUGCGGAAGAAAAUCCCGGAAUACGCACCCAGCGUUAGUCCCGAGACGGUGAUCUCCGCGGGCGCGACUGGGUUCCGGGAAGUCGUCCCAGCCAAGGACCUUCUUUCGGUGCUAGUCGCAUAUUCAAAAGCUAUCGACGAGGUUUUCUAUCUCGGUGCUGCCCUAUGUGUCGCUCAGUUCAUCUUUUCGUGGGGCAUGGGCUGGAAGAACAUCAAAAAGGGGAAGCAGGAGAAAAAGUCUACCGAGAACAUCAAGGAAGAGGUUUGA